AUGAACGAGCCCCACAUAGCCGAUGGCGCCGUACAUCGUCGGCAGCGUAUUGAAAAUGCGUACGAUAAAAUCGCACACAAGAAUCUGCUUCCUCAAAUUGAUUUCACGGUACAUACCUUGGACGAUGGAGAGCAGGUAUCGACGCAGGAGCGUGUCAUUAAAGAUGUACAGGCACCGGCGUUCCACCCACCUACGCCCGAGCAGUUUUGGAGCAAGAAGGAUCCAACAAAACCAGAUGUACAGUUUUUAAAGAAUCAUUUCUACCGAGAAGGUCGACUCACGCAUGACCAGGCGCGAUAUAUUCUGAUUCAGGCUACUGAGCUGCUGCGGGCCGAGCCCAACCUGCUGGAACUCGAUGCCCCGAUCACUGUAUGUGGUGAUAUUCAUGGCCAGUACUAUGAUCUUAUGAAGCUGUUCGAAGUGGGAGGAAACCCAGCGGAAACGCGUUACCUGUUCUUGGGUGACUACGUCGACCGUGGCUACUUUUCCAUUGAGUGCGUGUUAUACUUGUGGUCUCUCAAGCUAUGGUACCCGAAUUCACUUUUCCUGAUUCGUGGCAAUCAUGAGUGCCGUCACUUGACAGACUAUUUCACGUUCAAGCUUGAAUGCAAGCACAAGUACUCCGAAGAAAUCUACGAUUUGUGCAUGGAGUCGUUCUGUGCACUUCCUCUCGGCGCUGUCAUGAACAAGCAAUUUUUGUGCAUUCACGGCGGUCUUUCACCAGAGCUUCAAACACUGGACGACCUACGCACAAUCAAUCGUUUUCGCGAACCGCCAACGCAUGGUCUGAUUUGCGACAUCUUAUGGGCCGAUCCUCUCGAAGAGUUUGGUCAAGAGACAACGAAUGAAAGUUUCGUUCACAAUCAUGUACGCGGAUGCUCAUACUUUUUUACGUAUCAAGCUGCAUGCCAAUUCUUGGAACGAAACAACCUUCUCUCGAUUAUCCGAGCUCAUGAAGCUCAGGAUGCCGGUUACCGCAUGUACCGCAAGACCAAAGUCACCGGAUUUCCAUCGGUCAUGACCAUCUUUUCUGCGCCUAAUUAUCUUGAUGUAUACAACAACAAAGCUGCGGUGCUCAAGUACGAAAACAAUGUGAUGAAUAUCCGCCAAUUUAACUGCACGCCACACCCAUACUGGCUGCCCAACUUUAUGGACGUGUUUACUUGGAGUCUUCCGUUCGUGGGUGAAAAAGUGACUGACAUGCUUAUUGCCAUGCUCAACAUUUGCUCCAAAGAAGAACUGGAAGAAGAAGAAGAUGAUACAUCGCUGAACUUCGACCGUCAUAGUGCCUCGAACGGACAAGCACUCUCUUUCUCCGAUGCAGGUGACUCGACUCCUAACUCAUCUUUGGACGACUAUCCUGAGCGACGUACAGUGAUCAAAAAUAAAAUUCUCGCUGUGGGACGCAUGUCGCGUGUGUUCCAUGUGCUACGUGAAGAAGCUGAGCGAGUGUCGGAGCUCAAAGUUGCCACGGGUACCGGCAAGCUGCCGUACGGAACGCUUGCCCUUGGAUCUGAAGGUAUCAAAGAAGCGAUCCACAACUUUGACGAAGCUCGCAAAGUGGACAUUGAAAAUGAGCGCAUGCCACCUUCACUGGUGGAUGCCGACCCGCUGACAGACGACACGGACAUGUCGACACCCAUGCCUGCAUUGACCAAUACUCUGCCAUCCCAACUUGCGAUGCCUGUGGGAACUGGCCCUCGUACACCCCCGUCUAUGCCAAUGCACAGACGCACACACUCACGUACUAGCUCCUUGGGCACAACCAUGACGAGCCCCUCGAACCGCCGUCGCUCGAUCGAGUCAACCGUGAGCAUGAUCCGUGAAGCUCUAGAGGGUCGUCCAGGCAACGACAUUGGCCAUCACAAUCAUCAUUUUCACGAUGAUUCACCGUCCUCACCCAGGUCACCUUUAUCGCGUGAGCCGCGCUAA